UAUUAAUAUGAUUCGGAACUUUGCCCUACAUGUCCAAAAGGUUUGGAGAGAAUGCGUCCUCAAAAUAUUUCCUCGACGUAGACAAAUAAAGCGCGCACUGCUUCCGGUAAUUUCAUUUGUCACAUUAUCUCAGAAGAAAGGUGGCGCUCUGGUAAGGAUGGUCAUCACUUGGGGAGUUCCCGAAAAACAACGUACACUUUCUGUGAGUCACGUUUUAGUGAAAACUUAGGAGCCUGUUACAGUAACGUUAUUCUCACUUGCUGAAACGAGUGCAAAAUAUUAUAUGACUAAUGUAGAAAAAUUCCAAUAGAGGGCCCUGUCCAACGCAAGCCUUAGGCCAGGAACAUGGAAGUUGACUAUCCACCUCCACAAAUUUGUAUGGAUCAGAGUUCUAAGGGAAAUGGGAAAAGUACUCCAGAUACCGAUCACUCCUAUAGCAGUGUCCUCGUAGAUGACUCACAUGUGGAUGAGAGCUAUAACGACUAUAGUAUAAAACCAAAUUCCCAGAAUAAUGUGCAUCUUCAGGGGAAACUUGAGAUGGAUGCUGGAGACAAUUUGUGUCAGGGAAAUAUUGACUCGGAGACGGGAUUAUAUACUGAAGCAACUAUUGUAAUCAGAAAGCCAACAGAGGAUGGUAGGAUAAAAACACAGGAGGAACGACUAGGUACUACGGAAAAAUGUGCUGCCAAAGGUAAUGCAUUGUCACAAAAUUGGGGACAGAUCCAUAUAGUGAAGGAGAAUGAUGAACACUCAACUCCCCAGAACUUGAGAGACCCACAUCCUCAUUCAGUUGACCACAUGGACACAUCAGAUAAUUUGAUAAAGGUGGAGAACUUGAGUAACAGUGCCAUAGGAGUGCCAACAGUGCCACAAUUGGAGUCGGAACACUGUUAUGGGAAGAACAGUAGAGAUUAUAAUCAGGAGAUUAAAACGAAUCAGAAUGUGGAGGGCAGUGAUGACACUGAUAUGGAGAUUGAUGUAGAGAUUGGAGUGGAAGAAGUAGAAGUGAAUACCCUGGAAAAUGUUGAUGAGGGAAGUGGCAUGGAGGUUGAAGAGGAAAAUCAAGUUCUGAUUGAACCAGAGGAAGUUGAAGUGUCAACAAAGGCAGAGGGUGGAAAAAGUAAUACUCCAGAAAGUACAUUGCAAACUCUCAAGGCACUGGCAACACCCUUCCAACAUUCAGAAACGAAGAGCUCCGAUGUUGACAGCAGGAUUCUGGCUUUGGUCAUCCACUCACUGGAGAAUGAGUCCCUUGCGGACCAUUUUCUGUACUCCUUUAUGACAGUGAGAGUGCAUUUAGUGAAUGGAAUAACUGGAAAACCAAUGCAAUGUCAAAAUGGGGAGAUGGUUUUACCUAGGAUGACAAAACCGUGGGACUUUAAAGUAAACAGAACGAAGACAGCUGUGUGGGAAGAACUUUGCCUCUUUAAAGAAAGUUACAGUUACGUCAUGGAAGAAAAGCAUCAGGCAGUUUUCCUGUUUGAGGUAAUGGAUGCCUCAAGUUUGAAUACUGCCAACCUGAAGAACCGGCUUGCAGUAGCUGGAGAAGGCAGGGUGAUAGCAUGGGGGUUCUUGCCAGUGACGAACAGUAAAGGAAAGGGGAGGAAGUGGUUACAAUUAUACUGGCCUCAAAAGAAAACACUAACAAAACAAGGAGAAAUUGAGGUAAAGCACUGUUUCAUCAAUUUUCACAAUGGACCUUGAAU